GAUGGUUUUAAACGGAGGCGGGACGUUUUUCUUUAUUCGGUGUAAUUUCAUCGGAAACUUAGAUUUACUGUACAAGGUCGCCGCCAACAUGGUGAGGACUAAAGCCGACUGUGUUCCUGCGUCAUACAGAAAAGCUGUUGCGGCGUCUGCGCCUCGUAAGUCACUGGGCUCCAGUUCGGCCAACGCGUCAUUGUUGUCCGGCGGCCACUCGACAGCUCUGGCAAAGAACAAAUACGCCGGCGGGAACCCCGUGUGUCCCCGGCCGACCCCCACCUGGCAGAAAGGCAUCGGGGAUUUCUUCGGCGGGCCGCCCAGAAAGCCAGAGAAGGAGAACCAGAAACCCAGAGACUUUGAUGAAGAGGAGGCCGGCGGCAGCGGCAUGUCGAAGGCCAGCAGGAAAUCCAGACCUCUGCCUGCCGAGGAUGAGGAAGAUGACUGAGCACGCCUGACGACUCUCCCCAGGAGAGAAUUUUAAUGUAUAUCUGUAUAUAAAUACUACUGAAUUCUGUUGUACAGCUUAUUAAACAUGUUUUUUUACUGUUUGUUUGUACAUUAUCCAGAGUCAGGAUUAUGAUUUGUGGCUUUAUUUCUGUUCAGCUGUUUUCUAUUAAAGAUUAACUGAAUGAU